GCGUCUCCCCUGGCUGCGCCGGCACUGACUCAGGUCACGAGUGUAGCCCGUGGCCCAACUGUGCUAUGGGGCGAUCGAACUUUGUUCAGACCCCGCUCCUUCCUCUAGGACGCCGUUCCCGGGAAGGUUACUUGGCGAGUUUCCAGUCCAGGCGGGAAAGGUUCCUGCCAGGACGCCGACACAGCGCGGGGCAACCCCCCUUGUCUUGGUCCACCGCGACGUGCUGCGAAUCCGCGCGAGGGAGGUGCGGCUUAGCACCGGGCUGCAGAUGCGCCAGGAACAGCUCGAGCGUCUCGGGGAGUUAGGAACCCGGCCUGUCACUCGGGUCAGGUCAAGUUCCUGGGCGCGGCCACGCGGCCAAUCAGCGCCCGCGGGGCCGGGCUCUGCCCCUCCCACCGCGCGCAGGGUCCGGAGCGGAGGUGGAGGCCCGGGCAGCUCGGGGUGCGCGGCGACAUGGUGCGUGGCAGGAUCUCCAGGCUCUCGGUGCGCGACGUGCGCUUCCCCACGUCGCUGGGGGGCCACGGCUCCGACGCCAUGCACACAGACCCUGACUACUCGGCUGCCUAUGUUGUCUUAGAGACGGAUGUGGAAGACGGGCUCAAGGGAUACGGGCUUACCUUCACUCUGGGAAAAGGCACAGAAGUGGUUGUCUGUGCUGUGAAUGCCCUCGCCCACCAUGUGCUUAACAAGGACCUCAGGGACAUCGUUGGUGACUUCAGAGGCUUCUACAGGCAGCUCACAAGCGACGGGCAGCUCAGAUGGAUCGGUCCUGAGAAAGGUGUUGUGCAUCUGGCUACUGCGGCCAUUCUCAACGCUGUGUGGGACCUGUGGGCCAAGCAGGAGGGAAAGCCUCUGUGGAAGUUGCUUGUUGACAUGGACCCCAGGACUCUGUUAUCCUGCAUCGAUUUCAGGUACAUCACAGACGUCCUGACCGAGGAGGAAGCCUAUGAAAUACUGCAGAAAGGUCAAGUUGGUAAAAAAGAGAGAGAAGGGCAAAUGCUGAUGCGUGGCUACCCUGCCUACACCACAUCGUGCGCCUGGCUGGGGUACUCAGAUGACAUGCUGAGGCAGCUCUGCACGGAGGCACUGAAGGACGGCUGGACCAGGUUUAAGGUAAAAGUGGGUGCUGAUCUCCAGGAUGACAUCCGUAGGUGCCGUCUCAUCCGAAACAUGAUUGGACCUGAGAAGACGUUGAUGAUGGAUGCCAACCAGCGCUGGGAUGUGCCCGAGGCCAUAGAGUGGAUGUCAAAGCUGGCUGAGUUCAAGCCACUGUGGAUCGAGGAGCCCACCUCCCCUGAUGACAUUCUGGGACAUGCCACCAUUUCCAAGGCACUGGCCCCAUUAGGAAUUGGCGUUGCCACUGGAGAACAGUGCCACAAUAGAGUGAUAUUUAAGCAACUCCUACAAGCAAAAGCCUUGCAGUUUCUCCAGAUUGACAGCUGCAGGCUGGGAAGUGUCAAUGAAAACCUCUCAGUGUUGCUGAUGGCCAAAAAGUUUGAAAGAUGUGUGAAUAUGUCAACCACCUGCAUGAACAUUUCAGGUAUCCUGUAAUAAUCAAGAAGGCGUCCUACAUGCCUCCAAAGGAUGCUGGUUAUUCAACAGAAAUGAAGGAGGAAUCUAUAAAGAAACACCAGUAUCCAGAUGGUGAGGUCUGGAAGAAACUCCUGGCUGCUCAAGAGAAUUAAAUGUUGAGCCCUACCACCCUUUCCUACGUGAAAAGGCUUACCACUUUUUGGGUGUGGUUUUACAAAAACAGGGGAAAGAAAUCAUCCCAGCAAUCAAAACAAGCUUCAGCUGAAAGUCCUGUUAACCUCAGGAGUCAGCUCAGUCAUCAUUAUUACUUGAUUCUUUUAGCAAAUAAACACACAUUCUCCUAAUUAAUCCUUAAACAAAUUUAGAUUUAACUCCAAGUGCAGAAAGAUGUUCCUACAAAAUUUCUAUCAAGUGCUGGUACCUGGACAUUAAACUGUACAUUGAAAAUAAGCAGCAGGUUGUAUAAUUGUUGGAACAAUGCCUUCUUCUGUCUCCCACUUGUUAAAAAUUAGCAGACUAAAAAUAGUUCUGCAGCACUAUGGGGUAUCUGGUGUGCAACAAAAGUAAAAGGAUUUCACGGAUUAGCCCUGGAGUGGUUUAGCCUUUCUUUUUUUUGCUCUAAGUGUAUUAGUAGGAUUCACACCAUUCUGAAACCAUGGCAGCAGUAAUGGGCAGGAAAAUGGCAUUUCAUACAUUAUUUUUCCAUAGUCCUUAAACCUUUACCCCUAAACAAUCAUUAUAUGCUAAUGAUAAAAUGCAGCCAGAAUUAGAUGAACCACAGAAAAAUAGGGCAAGAUACAGUUUAGUCACCAUUUCUACAAUAUACUAAACCAG